GUUAGUAAACUUAGCCUAAGGAAAUAGUUUAUAUAAAACCCUUCCGGCCCGAUUGGAAAGCACGUGUUCCAAGCAGCAAUGGCGCAGGCACAGGUAUAAGUUAUGAAUUCUUUAUGGUCUGGUCUAGUGAGAGACUUCGGCCGCGGUUGGUUUCCACCUUGCCGACAAAUACGUGCCACCAAGCGAUUAAGCAUAGAAACUGAUAAGACGUAUAUACAUAGGUUUAAUAUAACUGCCGCACCCCCAACAGGUUAGCCCGCUACCAUUUUAGACCGUAUUAACUCCGAUAGUUAGAAUUUAAAAAAAAAGUGGCAAUGAAGCAAAUAGUGUUAUUUGUGUGUGUUGCGCUGAUGACACUGGAGAGUGACAGUCAGGUGUGGAUGCCAGUAGGCAGCCCCAUACUCAGUGCGUAUCCCUGUAAGAACACGAAGGACAUCUUAGUGUGGUUCGAGCCUGGCCUACCAUCGAAGGACAAUAACCGUUACUAUGUGUAUAUAAACAAGAAUUUUCCCAUGGACAGCGUUACCAGAGUGUUCUUUGAUUCAGAAGUUAACAUCACUUUUACGGUCAGAUCGGACCAAAAGAAGUUUCAAAGAUAUUCCCUCGCUGGCGACAGUAUCGAGCUCCGCUUCUUCGUGCAACACGUGGGGCUCGGCUUUACGGUGAAGGGGCCGGUGCCGGGCCUCACACCCUACAUCACUGGGCUCACCAUAAACGACGUGCAAUAUUGCGAUGACCCCGACGUGGGUUUCCUGCACGAGUACGCCGCGGAAGCAGGGAACGCGCCCACGGAUUGCGGGAGACAGAAAGUAGGCCACACCGAGCUGAUCGUGAGCGGAGCCUCCACCAAGCCCGGUGACUGGCCUUGGCAUGCAGCCUUGUACACAAACCGAGGCACGACUUCUAAAUAUAUAUGUGGAGGCACCCUUAUUACUAAAAACUUCGUCCUAACAGCUGCUCACUGCGCCUCCUCUUCGGGAACGUCAUUUUCGCCAGAGGUCUUAAGCGUGGUACUUGGAAAGUAUAACUUGAAGGGUGGAGACAGAGAAUCCGAAGAAAGGAAAGUGCAUAGAAUAAUCAUUCACGAGCAAUAUGAAUAUAGGAAGUUGUCCAACGACAUAGCCCUGCUUAAGCUGAGGAACGAGGUGCCCUUCACCGAUUACAUACAGCCAGCAUGCCUGUGGUCCAGAAGAUCCAGUGAAUUACUGAGGAAUGCUACCAGAUCAGUCUCUAUUAUGGGCACCGUGGUCGGCUGGGGCUUCAACAGCAACGACACGCUGUCCGAGACACUGAAGGAGGCCAGCAUGCCGAUGGUGUCGGAGAGCACCUGCAUCAGGAGUAACCCGCUCUUCUACGGGAAGGCGCUGACCAGCAAGAAGUUCUGCGCGGGCCAUCAUAACGGAACAUCAGCGUGUAAUGGUGACAGUGGAGGCGGUUUUCAGGUUUUCAUCCCGGACAAGGUGCAAGCCGUGCGGGGCAGGGUGACCGGGUCGUGGCACGUGCGAGGCAUCGUGUCCAACACGAUCGCUCGCCUCGACGCGCCCGUGUGCGACCCCUACGAGUACGUGCUCUUCACUGACGUGGACAAGUACAGGGACUGGAUCGACAGCCACCUGGACGACUAGGUUUUAGCAGCAUUUAAUAAAUAAAUGUUAUAUACCUC